AUGAGGAACAUUCCGGGUAAGGAAUUUUAAAAAGGAGUUAAGUUGACCUUGAUGGCUGUAAAGAACUGAUGUAACACCAUCCAAGACUGUCAGAGAGAUUUGAUAUUGACAGCUUUCAGAUAUUCCACCGUGUCUUGAUUGGACCUGGCCAUCGUCCCUCAGCCAAUCAGAGCUUCCUCAGCAGUAAUUGUUACAUGAUCACAAUUAGUUUUUUUUCUUCACAGGUUGUCAUGACAGUUAGCAUAGGUGUUGCUGGCGAUUUUGAAGAAGAAUUUGCUAACUUGAACCACAACCUUUUCCUCAAAUGUGAAGUUCUUUUGGAAAAAUUGUUAUGUUUAGCUAAGAAUAUAGAGCCUGUUUUUUAUCCUCUUGAAUCAGACCUUUGGGGACUUUUCUCUAUUUCAAGGCAGCGGCUCAUAUUCCUUACUUUCUUAAUAAAGUUAAUAACAUUUCCGAUUUCGAGGAGGAAGGGAUUAGUACCACAAUACUCUAUCCAUUUCCCUGGCUACAAUAGGCCUCAUGACAAUUGCUUCGAUUAAAAAACAAAGUCAAAGCCCAGACACAUAAAAUCUAAAAGAGUUAGCUUCAUGGUGGUGCACUGAAUCCAACCGCUGCCACGUUGUACCAUCCUCAUCAUUUCCACUGUAAGCAUGGGGUCUUUGGCUCUGUCUGUCCCCAUCUCUCAGCCUCGGCCAUGUCCUCAUCUGCUCCAAUUCCCCGUCCCAGUUCCCUGCCUCCACUAUAGUCCCUUGCGGCGCUGUGGCUGAGAUGGCACUAGCGUAGCGUCACACGCUAACACAGGCUAACACAGAGGGACAGGGACAGGGACAGUUUUGCCUACCUUCCCAGACUCCCAUCUUAUGAAAGGGCCAUUGUAGGACACUGCUGUAUUUAAGCAGAUACAGUGGCAAGAAAAAGUAUGUGAACCCUUUGGAAAUACCCGGAUUUCUGUAUAAAUUGGUCAUACAAUUUGAUCUGAUCUUCAUCUGUCACAACAAUAGAAAAACAGUCUGCUAAACUAAUAACACACAAACAAUUAUACGUUUUCAUGUCUUUAUUGAACACACGUGUAAACAUUCACAGUGCAGGGUGGGAAAAAGUGUUCUAAAACUUUUGACCGGUAGUGUAUAUUUUUAACUGUGCUGUUUCACAAAAAUUCUGAACCUAUAUACAUUUUACAGACACAGUUAGCUAACUAUCACACUAAACAACUUUGGUCACUGUGGUCCCUGGGCCAAAAACAUACAUUGACAUCUACAUUUAGCUGUCUUGUCUAGACCAGACAGAAUUAUGGCGACCCACGUUGGUAAACACACUAGACUGUUGGCUCUGGUCUGGACAAAGAGGUGAAUCGAUCAGGCUGAUUGUCAUUAAAAGGCCAUCAACUCUGAUGUGAUCAAUACGUGUGUGGCAGAUGUGGCCUGUUUGGCCAGAGGGCGUUAGCCAGCCUGCAAAGUCAGCACAGUGUGGCAACACUAGACUGCAUCCAAAAUGGCACCCUAUUCCCUAUAUAGUGCACUAAUUUCCACAGGGCUCUGGUCAAAAGUAGUGCACUAUAUAGGGAAUAGGGUGCCAUUUCACAAAAAGAUACCAGCUUCCAUUGCUCUGUAUAUUUCAAGCACUCUGAGAGCAUAUACUGUAGCUAGCUAUGUAGGUUCCUUUCUGGUUUGUAGUAUAUUGGAGUCAUGCUUUCUGUAGGUCCCUUUCAAACUAUUCUGGGCCGAUUUUUCUGGAACUAGAUCCUAACCCUUGUAGAUAUUUUACGACAAAGCUCAUAAAAAAAGCGUUGCAUUUUAAGUUUGUUUAUUAGCAUUCGGUGAAUCAUUUGUAAUCUACAAAUGAUACAUCAGCAUAGACAGUUGCUAUUUGUCUUCAGUAGGAAUAGGCUAUGUCUAUAUGUUUCUAUUCAAAUGUCAUACUACAAAGACCAGACUGACAGAUAGCGAUAUCAGAGGCAAUCUUCCUCCUGCAUCAAAGAGGAGGGAAGAGGUAACUCACAGAAGGUGAGAGAAGGGGAGUGGGAAGGGGGAGGGGGGUGAGAGAGGGCGUGAGGAGAGGGUGAGAAAGAGGGAAGGUGUUGCUGCAAUGCAGUGCUCACCGUACCACAGGGCCCCCAUGUCACAGCUAUUAAUAAUGAGUGCUAUUCCAUACAUCAGCUAUUCAGGAGGGAUCCUGGCAACCAGAGCCCCCGCGCCAAACAACCAGGUUAUUUAUAGAUUUGGGGGUCAGGAGAUUUUUUUGAGCAGGCAGUGUAGGGGUGAGCCUUCACAUGCUAGGAGAAGGAGACAGUAUGUGCAUGUGUGGUGGGGAUGUGAGGAGAUCGGGGUGCAUGUGGCCGUGUGGUGGCAGGACAACAACCUCUCCCUCAACGUGAUCAAGACAAAGGAGAUGAUUGUGAACUACAGGAAAAAGAAGAGGACUGAGCAUGCCCCCAUUCUCAUCGACGGGGCUGUAGAGGAGCAGGUUGAGAGCUUCAAGUUCCUUGGUGUCCACAUCACCAAAAAACGAACAUGGUCCAAGCACACCAAGACAGUCGUGAAGAGGGCACAACAAAACCUAUUCCCCCUAAGGAGACUGAAAAGAUUUGGCAUGGGUCCUCAGAUCCUCAAAAGGUUCUACAGCUGCACCAUCGAGAGCAUCCUGACUGGUUGCAUCACUGCCUGGUAUGGCAACUGCUCGGCCUCCGACCGCAAGGCACUACAGAGGGUAGUGCGUACGGCCCAGUAUAUCACUGGGGCCAAGCUUCCUGCCAUCCAGGACCUCUGUACCAGGCGGUGUCCUAAAAAUUGUCAAAGACUCCAGCCACCCUAGUCAUAGACUGUUCUCUCUGCUACUGCACGGCAAGUGGUACCGGAGCACCAAGUCUAGGUCCAAGAGGCUUCUAAACAGCUUCUACCCCCAAGCCAUAAGACUCCUGAACAUCUAAUCAAAUGGCUACCUAGACUAUUUUACGCUGCUGCUACUCUCUGUUUAUUAUCUAUGCAUAGUCACUUUAAUACAUAUUACCUCAAUUAUCUCGACUAACCGGUGCCCCCGCACAUUGACUCGGUACUGGUACCCCCUGUAUAUAGCCUCACUAUUGUUAUUUUACUGCUGCUCUUUAAUUAUUUGUUACUUUUAUUUCUCUUUUCUUUUAGGUAUUCUUUCUUAAAACUGCAUUGUUGGUUAAGGGCUUGUAAGUAAGCAUUUCACUGUAAGGUCUACCCAUGUUGUAUUCGGCGCAUGUGACAAAUACAAUUUGAUUUGAUGUGUGUGUGUGUGUGUGUGCGUGUGCGUGUGUGCCUGCGUGCCCGUGUGUGUGUAUGUGUGUGGAGCAGGAAAUAUGUCCAGAAUUUUCCAAACCUCUUCUGGAUUUCAAUUAGAUGUAAACACACCAGCAGAGUACUGUAGCAUAUAAACACUGCUCACUAUGUAAGAUAGUGAGUGAAGGACAGUGUUGAGAAAGAGUUUCAUUGUAAUAACUGUGGCAUAAUGCAUUAGGGAGGAGCUGGAGCUUUAUUACAGAUGGAUGCCAUUCAGCAGAGGAAGUCCGAUACAUUUGUUCUGUAUGUAGAGAGGGAUGAGGAGUGAGAGAGAUAUAUAGAGAGAGAGACAGAUUUAUGUUUACUGCUGCUGUCUCCAUGGCAACCCUCAAGCAUCAUGGGGUGGAAUAAUUGUAUUUUCCCCUUUGUUGCUCUCUGGCCUUUUGCUGGAGACCUGUCAUAUUGACAAGGCACUGAGGAGCUUGUGUUAGAAAAACACAACUUUUCACUGCUUCUAUAGCAAUGCAGAGAUUUGAAUGGCAAUGGAGCAAGUGAUAGGAUAUGAUAGAACUGUAUUAAUCCAUCUAUAGCUAACUUCUAAGUUUGGCAGCAUAAGCUCCUAUAAGAGAAAAACCUUAGUUGUAGAUCUGGAUGUCCAGUGUGUACUUGAAAAAAAAGAGCUCCAUGUUACACACAGACAUGGACGACACAUAAUAGGAGAGGGGUGAACAGAAACCAUUGUCAUUAUCCCCCUAAAAGUUGUUGAACUAAAGGAGCACUUUACAGAUGUAGGAUCUUAAUUUGAGGCAGUUUGCUACAGCAGGAAAAUAAUCCUGCAGCAACAAGAAAUUUGAAUUAUUAUGUGGAUUAUAAUUCAUGUACAUUUUUAUGGAGGUUGAUCAAUUUUUCGUAAAGGGAAAUCAAGUCUGAAAUUUCAAAGUGGAAAUUACAAACUUCAGAAGUGUUUUAAACCUCAAAUACACUACAAGUUUUAAAAGUUCUCCUGCAACAAGGUGAUCAAAUUAAGAUCCUACAUCUACCAAUAGAAUGUUAUUUAAAUGGGGGAUACAAUCUUCCCAGCUCUGCAGAUUUUGCUGCGAAGAGACAGAAUCAUUAGAUAAUUUGUUUUGGUCCUGUCCAUUUGUAGCUUGUUUUUGGACACAGGUCCAGGAAUGGCUAAAGGAUUACAAUAUUAUCUAGAGCUAACCCUGUAGAUAGCACUACUGGGUGAUCUGAAAAAUCAUAGUCAAUCGAUCAAUAAUAUAAUAAGACGUUUAGCAAAAAUGUUUAUUUUCAAUUUACAAUCUGUAGAAACAAUGAGAAUAGAAGUGUUCAGAACUUUUGUAAAACAUCACAGUACAGUUGAAAAAUAUAUGGCAAAUAGAAAUCCAAUAUGGAUGGUGUUAAGAGAUAGAUGAGAGGUGAAGAAUGGAGUUGAAGAAUGGGACUAAUAACAACUAACAACAACUAAUAACAACAAGAUAACUAAUGUAAAGCAUACUGUGUCCAUAAUAAGUAUAUAGGUUAUAGGUUGAGAGCUUUUGUGAAAGAGCACAGUUAGAAAGAUAUGGCAUAUAGAAGCAAACCGGAUGGACAUCAUGAAAAUGAUCAGAGAAGGUUGAGGGUAGUGGAAGUUCAGGAGAAAAAACUAACAAAAUAUAAUUAUUGUAGAAUUGACUGUGUCCAUAAAAUGUAUAUAGUAUGUAUAAGCUGGAAGUAGAGGCCUAAGCAUUGUUGUUCACUAGUUUACUCCAAUUAGGGAAGGGGUGGUGGGGUUGGAAAGUGAUAAAGGUAAAUAUAUAUAUUUUUAAAGGAUGUAUAUAUAUGUAUGUAUAUGUAUGUAUUUGUGUAUGUAUGUAUAUGUAUGUAUUUGUGUAUGUAUGUAUGUAUGUAUGUAUGUAUGUAUGUAUGUAUGUAUGUAUGUAUGUAUGUAUAAAUAAAUAUAUAUAUAUAUAUAUAUAUAUAUAUAUAUAUAUAUAUAUAUAUAUAUAUAUACAGUGCUAUGAAAAAGUAUUUGCCCCCUUUCUAAUUUUCUCUACUUUUGCAUAUUUGUGAUACUGAAUGUUAUCAGAUCUUCAACCAAAACCUAAUAUUAGAUAAAGGGAACAUAAGUGAACAAAUAACACAACAAUUACAUAUUUAUUUCAUUUAUUUCAUAAACAAAGUUAUGCAACACCCAAUUCCCCUGUGUGAAAAAGUAAUUGCCCCCUUACACUCAAUAACUGGUUGUGCCACCUUUAGCUGCAAUGACUCCAACCAAAUGCUUCCUGUAGUUGUUGAUCAGUCUCUCACAUCGCCGUGGAGGAAUUUUGGCCCACUCUUCCAUGCAGAACUGCUUUAACUCAGUGACGUGUGGGUUUUCAAGCAUGAACUGCUUGUUUCAAGUCCUGCCACAACAUCUCAAUUGGGAUUAGGUCUGGACUUAGACUAGGCCAUUCCAAAACUUCCAAUUUGUUGAUUUUUUGUAAUUUUCAUGUAGACUUGAUUGUGUGUUUUGGAUCAUUGUCUUGCUGCAUGACCCAGCUGCGCUUCAGCUUCAGCUCACAGACGGAUGGUUUGACAUUCUCCUGUAGAAUUCUCUGAUACAGAGCAGAAUUCAUGGUUCCUUCUAUUAAGGCAAGUCGUCCAGGUCCUGAGGCAGCAAAGCAUCCCCAAAUCAUCACACCACCACCACCAUGCUUGACCUUUGGUAUGAUGUUCUUACUGUUGAAUGCAGAGUUUGGUUUUCGCCUGCUGAUGAUUUUGUACGUUUGCCCACUGACAAAGACAUGAUCAGUCUAUAAUUUUAAUGGUAGGUUUAUUUGAACAGUGAGAGACAGAAUAACAACAAAAAACUCCAGAAAAACGCAUGUCAAAAAUAUUAUAAAUUGUAUUGUAUAUUUGACCCCUCUGCAAAACAUGACUUAGUACUUGGUGGCAAAACCCUUGUUGGCAAUCACAGAGGUCAUUUGUUUCUUGUAGUUGGCCACCAGGUUUGCACACAUCUCAGGAGGGAUUUUGUCCCACUCCUCUUUACAGAUCUUCUCCAAGUCAUUAAGGUUUCGAGGCUGACGUUUGGCAACUCAAACCUUCAGCUCCCUCCACAGAUUUUCUAUGGGAUUAAGGUCUGGAGACUGGCUAGGCCACUCCAGGACCUUAAUGUGCUUCUUCUUGAGCCACUCCUUUGUUGCCUUGGCCGUGUGUUUUGGGUCAUUGUCAUGCUGGAAUACCCAUCCACAACCCAUUUUCAAUGCCCUGGCUGAGGGAAGGAGGUUCUCACCCAAGAUUUGACGGUACAUGGCCCCGUCCAUCGUCCCUUUGAUGCGGUGAAGUUGUCCUGUCCCCUUAGCAGAAAAACACCCCCAAAGCAUAAUGUUUCCACCUCCAUGUUUGACGGUGGGGAUGGUGUUCUUGGGGUCAUAGGCAGCAUUCCUCCUCCUCCAAACACAGCAAGUUGAGUUGAUGCCAAAGAGCUCAAUUUUGGUCUCAUCUGACCACAACACUUUCACCCAGUUCCCCUCUGAAUCAUUCAGAUGUUUUUUGGCAAACUUCAGACGGGCCUGUAUAUGUGCUUUCUUGAGCAGGGGGGACCUUGCGGAUGCUGCAGGAUUUCAGUCCUUCACGGCGUAGUGUGUUACCAAUUGUUUUCUUGGUGACUAUGGUCCCAGCUGCCUUGUGAUCAUUGACAAGAUCCUCCCGUGUAGUUCUGGGCUGAUUCCUCACCGUUCUCAUGAUCAUUGCAACUCCACGAGGUGGGAUCUUGCAUGGAGCCCCAGGCCGAGGGAGAUUGACAGUUAUUUUGUGUUUCUUCCAUUUGCGAAUAAUCGCACCAACUGUUGUCACCUUCUCACCAAGCUGCUUGGCGAUGGUCUUGUAGCCCAUUCCAGCUUUGUGUAGGUCUACAAUCUUGUCCCUGACAUCCUUGGGAGCUCUUUGGUCUUGGCCAUGGUGGAGAGUUUGGAAUCUGAUUGAUUGAUUGCUUCUGUGGACAGGUGUCUUUUAUACAGGUAACAAGCUGAGAUUAGGAGCACUCCCUUUAAGAGUGUGCUCCUAAUUUAAGCUCGUUACCUGUAUAAAAGACACCUGGGAGCCAGAAAUCUUUCUGAUUGAGAGGGGGUCAAAUACUUAUUUCCCUCAUUAAAAUGCAAAUCAAUUUAUAAAAUGUUUGACAUGUGUUUUUCUGGAUUUGUUGUUGUUAUUCUGUCUCUCAUUGUUCAAAUAAACCUACCAUUAAAAUUAUAGACUGAUCAUUUCUUUGUCAGUGGGCAAACGUACAAAAUCAGCAGGGGAUCAAAUACUUUUUUCCCUCACUGUACACCUUAGUCAAAUACAUUUAAACUCAGUUUUUCACAAUUCCUGACAUUUAAUCCUAGUAAAAAUUCCCUGUGUUAGGUCAGUUAGGAUCACCACUCUAUUUUAUGAAUGUGAAAUGUCAGAAUAAUAGUAGAGAGAGAUGUAUUUCAGCUUUUAUUUCUUUCAUCACAUUCCCAGUGAGUCAGAAGUUUACACACACUCAAUUAGUAUUUGGUAGCAUUGUCUUUAAAUUGUUUAACUUGGGUCAAAUGUUUCAGGUAGCCUUCCACAAGCUUCCCACAAUAAGUUAGGUGAAUUUUGGCCCAUUCCUCCUUACAGAGCUGGUGUAACUGAGUCAGGUUUGUAGGCCUCCUUGCUCGCACACGCUUUUUCAGUUCUGCCCACAAGUUUUCUAUGGGACUGAGGUCAGGGCUUUGUGAUGGCCACUCCAAUACCUUGACUUUGUUGUCCUUAAGCCAUUUUGCCACAACUUUGGAAGUAUGCUUGGGGUCAUUGUCCAUUUGGAAGACCCAUUUGCGACAAAGCUUUAACUUCCUGACUGAGGUCUUGAGAUGUUGCUUCAAUAUAUCCACAUCAUUUUCCUUCCUCAUGAUGCCAUCUAUUUUGUGAAGUGCACCAGUCCCUCCUGCAGCAAAGCACCCCCACAGCAUGAUGCUGCCACCCCCGUGCUUCACGGUUGGGAUGGUGUUCUUCGGCUUGCAAGCACCGCCUUUUUCCUCCAAACAUAACAAUGGUCAUUAUGGCCAAACAGUUCUAUUUUUGUUUCAUCACACCAGAGGACAUUUCUCCAAAAAGUAUGAUCUUUGUCCCCAUGUGCAGUUGCAAACCGUAGUCUGGCUUUAUUAUGGCGGUUUUGGAGCAGUGGCUUCUUCCUUGCUGAGUGGCCUUUCAGUUUAAAAUGUAUACACUCACUAACUGUAACUCGCUCUGGAUAAGAGCGUCUGCUAAAUGACUAAAAUCUAAAAUGUAAAUAUAAUGUCGAUAUAGGACUCGUUUUACUGUGGAUAUGGAUACUUUUGUACCUGUUUCCUCCAGCAUCUUCACAAGGUCCUUUGCUGUUGUUCUAGGAUUGAUUUGCACUUCGCACCAAAGUACGUUCAUCUCUAGGAGGCGUCUCCUUCCUGAGCGGUAUGACGGCUGCGUGGUGUUUAUACUUGCGUACUAUUGUUUGUACAGAUGAACGUGGUACCUUUGGAAAUUGCUCCCAAGGAUGAACCAGACUUGUGGAGGUCUACAAUUGUUGGAAAACGUACUUGUGUCAUGCACAAAGCAGAUGUCCUAACCGACUUACCAAAACUAUUGUUUGUUAACAAGAAAUUUGUGGAGUCGUUGAAAAACGAGUUUUAAUGACUCCAACCUAAGUGUAUGUAAACUUCCGACUUCAACUGUACAUGCGAGAGAAAAAAACAUAUGGGGGAUUGGAAGUGAUGCAGACAAUUACAUUGAUGGAAGUUACAAUCUAUCUGCAAUAUUAAAGCUGAUCUACCCCCUAAAAAAUACAAAAUAAUUUUAAAAAAGAUAAUACAUCUGUGCAUAAUACUGUAACACAAUACCCCAACCCCUUUAAAACAUUUAACUCCCCCAUUCAUUUUUAAUAGCUUUACCUGGCCAAUCUCGGCAGAUGGAAAUAUCGGUAAGAAAUACCACACCGUACAAUAACAUAUGGAAAUAUCAUACCAUAGCACAUUUAUUAUAUUUCUUUCAAUGCAAUAGUAGAUGGAUGAUAGAGCGGUCAUGCAAACAGAGUGACGACAGUCAUCAAUACACAGAAACCUACUGAAUGAUAGAUGAGGAAGAUAUGAAAAGGAGCUUAUAAUUUGAGAAGGGAGAAUGGCCACUAAUGAUUGUGAGGACCAGUUCUUGGUUGGAUGAAUUGACAUGAAUGGUCUUUUAAUAAUUCAUCGACUUAACCCCCAGCUAUGAAAUAUAUCACGGUACUUACUAGGCGAUCAGUGACAGUCCGAUGAAAUGUAUUUCGAGUAUGAAAUGUAUUUGGUUUGAGAAACAUCAUUAGAGCUUGUACUGUAGUCCCCUGUAGCUCAGUUGGUAGAGCAUGGCGCCUGCAAUGCCAGGGUUGUGGGUUCGUUUCCCAUGGGGGGCCAGUAUGAAAAUGUAUGCACUCACUAACUGUAAGUUGCUCUGGAUAAGAGCAUCUGCUAAAUGACUAAAAAUGUAAAUGAAUUGGGUAAAAUGCUGUAGAAAAGCUCAUUUAUUUUACAGUAAUGAUUAAAUGCACAAGCUCUUUUCUGCAUUGCCCACGGUUUGAAAUGAUGGCCAUCAGCAGUGGAUGUAAGUGCAACAAUACAAUACAGAACUCAAUAAAUUAGCUACAGUGUAUCUGCCAUUCCAUUGUCCACUGCACCAUUGAAUCGCACACCCACUUGUUAUAAUGGGAUGUUUUUGAAGAACUUCCUCCUCCAUAGAGCAGCCUGGGUCUUUCAGGGGACUGAAAAAUAACCCAGAAGGGAGUCUCUUUCUGGGGGAGAGAGUGGCCAUCUGUCCCCUGGUGCCUGUAUAGCUAUUAGCUACUACUAGUCUGCUACUGUUGAGUGCUUGUCAGUCAGUACAGGGGGGUCAGGAGGGGGUGCGGCUUUUUUACUGUCAAGGGAAACCAGAGGGGUUUUGUGGAAGAUGACACAACCUUUUAUUCUGGUGAGGAAUUUUUCAACACAGUGAGGUGAGAGGUGAGGUCAUAGGCUUUGUUUUCUUUUCACUAGAAACACUAAUGGUCACACUAACGUUCACACUUAAGUGAUUAGGGCUCUGUGUGUGUGUGUGUGUCAGUGAGUGAUGCAAUGAAGAGUUUGCUACCUCUUCCCCCAGCAAACUCCUCCUGAUAGUCCUAGACUUAGACAGACCAGGGCAAAUGGGAUGGGUGUGUUAAAAGUAGUAGCAUUUUGAGAAACCACCAUGUCAGCUAAGUGAUGUGCGCUGACUGUCUUUUGACCCAUGUCAAAGGGACCUCUGUUGCUUCAGCCCUCCACUGUGAAAACUAACUCUCCUGGUAAUUUACAUAUUUGGACACUGUAUGAGUCAGAUAGCAUACUGUUAUGUUGUCCUCAGGGAUACAGCAUAUGAGAUACUUGUAAUAUUUCGCUUACUGUGGUUUUCACUGUUGCACUCUUACUGCUCUCAGUUCUUUGAAACUGUAACACAAAGCGAUUGACAAUGGAAUCGGCUGUAAAUGUUCAUAUUAUCAGUGACUAAGCUUGAAAUCAAUUUUGAUAUCAUAGUGUAAUAUGAAAGCACUUCUAUGCAUGCUCUGAAUGUUUGUGAUUUAGCUCAUGAAUACAGUUGUGAACCUGUUCAAUGAUUACAACAACCUUCAAUCAUUUGUACAGGGAAUAACAAAUCGUUAUAAAACAUUACAUGAGAUGAGAUCCCUCUUCAACAGACUCUGCCUGACAGAUUGUGUUGUUGGUCUGGUUUCAGGUGGCACCAGAGAGAUCGGUUCAGCCCUCACUAGGAUGUGUAUGAGGCACCGGAGCAUCGAGGCCAAGCUCAGGCAGUUCUCCAUGUGAGUCCCCGUCUCCUCCGUCUCUCCAUUCUGCCUUUUCUCUCUCUAUUCCAUCCUUCUAUCUGUCUGAAUGCGCCCAUUAGCUCAUAAUGUGGAGCGAGUGAAAUAAGAUAAGCAGAAUGAAAUGAGGACAUUAAAUUGCGUACAGUGCCUUCACAUACAUACGCCACGCAAAUGUAUUUUGUACAUGAUCUCUGCUACAGAUCGUUAUUCUCCACUCUGUUUGAUUUGUGUUGUAAUCCCCACCCAAGGGUUUUCAUCGACUGCCUGAUUAACCCUCUGCAAGACCAGAUGGAGGAGUGGAAGAGAGUGGCCAACACAUUGGACAAGGACCACGCCAAAGGUAGGGGCUGCACACACAUACACACACACACACACACACACACACACACACACACACACACACACACACACACAGUAUAUACCUCUACCACACACACACAUACACUUUCUCAAACCUCUCCAUACUACACUCUACUCCUUCACCCAUUAUUGCCUGCAAUGCUACAGUAUAAUUCACAUACACCCAUCACCUCCAUUUACUACAGUAGCUCACUGGUUAGCUAGAUAUCUCCCUUUAUAUUCCCUUGUGUUUAAAGGCAUUACUUUGCUUAGUCAACAGUUCAACAGUGCUUUUAUGUGCUUCAGCUAACCACCUCAAACCCAAUCCCCCUCUCCGUUCAAUAAUACCCAAACUGGGAGUUCAGUUCUCCCCCGUAGAGAAAAAAGAGCACUCCCUCGUUGCAGGGUUUGAUUCCAGCCACCACUUAUCAUAAUGAAGUUACGAUGGAAAGCGAGUCCCUCAGAAAAAAGAUCAAUGAGAUGUUAUUCCUUUUUAGGAGUCGCCCUUGUUUCGGGUGUUCGCCGCACUUCAAAGCACUGACUAUGGCAAUGUGUGACACGUUGUGUCCGCUGUGUUUCCCUUCCUUCCCCAGAGUACAAGAAAGCCCGUCAGGAGAUCAAAAAGAAAUCCUCCGACACUCUCAAGCUGCAGAAGAAGGCAAAGAAAGGUACAGUGACUCUGAGGAUGCCUGGUGUCUGGUUUGGACUGCUUCUGACUGGAACCAGGCUCUCGGUGACUUUGACUUUGGAGCUAAAUCCGAUUUGGGGGUGGCGGGAGGAGACAAAAGUGUUGAUACUGAAUUCCACCAAGACACAUCUCAUACUGUCCCAGGUGACAGGCCAAAGGGUCAGAAUAGUUAUGGGAGGAGAGGCAGAAGAGCCACAUAUUUUUGGGAAGUUGUGUGUCUGGAUUUAAGGAGGGUCUAUAUUUUGCAAAUAACAGGAUAGGAUAGAAUAGUACUCAAGUCACUAAUCCUUGUUGCAUCUUAGCAAAUCCAUUGGAUUUUAUUACAGACCUUAUAUCUUUACGAUUUUGGGCGAAAGUCUAAUGUACUGUGCAAUGUAUAAGUUAAUAAGGAUCUGUGACAAUUCUGCAACCUGUAGCUAUUCAAGAACAGAUCUCCUUCUCUUGGGUCUAAACUGACUGAGAUUUUUCCUCUUUACUCCAACAACUGCCAUGUUGCAUCCGAUCACGCCCCUGUUCUUUCCAGCUGACGUGUUCGGUAAGUCGCUGCCCCCUUUAGCUCCCUUUGUGUCACGGUUCUCUGUUGACCUGUUGACCUCCGUUGACCUUUCCCACCUGUGUGUGGUCUCGUCCCGGUCCCCCCACCCCCUGUCCCCUGUCACAUUGUCUACUCGUCUGUUUCAUAUUGAGGUCACAUUCCUCACUCAAGGGUUAAAAAUCUAUUGAAUGCCCAAAAUAGUUCCUCUCCCUUCUUCUCUUCCUCUUCCGGUCUCCCCUGAGGUCCCCUCCCCCCACCCACUACCCUCACUGUGUCAUGAGUUUGGUCUGCUUCCAAAUAUACCUCACUGACUCCCUUGGGCUUUUGGCUGUGGCUUAAUUUUGUAUCAUCAGGGGAGAUUAGGAUUGGGGCAACGUCACUAAAUAAUUGUGGAAUUCAUUAUCUGUCUGGCUCCAAUAUACAGGUAACUGCCAAAAUAAAGGAAACACCAACAUAAAGUGUCUUAAUAGGGCAUUGGGCCACCAUGAGCCGCCCGAACAGCUUCAAUGUGCCUUGGCAAAGAUUCUACAAGUAUCUGGAACUCUAUUGGAGGGAUGCGACACCAUUCUUCCACGAGAAUUUCCAUCAUUUGGUGUUUUGUUGAUGGUGUGGUCGCUCCAGAAUAAGUGUUCAAUUGGGUUGAGAUCUGGUGAUUGAGAGACACACACCCCCACACACACACACCCGUUGCUCCUUUGAGACCCCUCUUUCAAAGUCACUGAGAUCUCUUCUAGCCAUGGUAGCCAAAAUAAUGGGCAACUGGGCAUUUUUAUAGAUGACCCUAAGCAUGACAGGAUGUUAAUUGCUUAAUUAAUUCAGGAACCACACCUGUGUGGAAGCACCUGCUUUCAAUAGACUUUGUAUCCCUCAUUUACUCAAGUGUUUGCUUUAUUUUGGUAGUUACCUGUAGAUCUCCUCUGAAACCCCUUUUAAAGGAGCCAUUUCUGUAUCUCACAGUCACAGUCAACAAUUAGGGCCUCUUCUCAGACAGCUCUGAUAUGAUAUAGAUUUCUGAGCAGUUUUCAAGAAAACCUCUUGAUGUUUAGAGUCAUGUUGUGAUCUGACUCCUGCACGAUGUCUCACCUUCACCAUAUAUCUGCCUGUUAUGAAACCAAGUACAGCUUAGUUUGUAAGCUUGUAUUGUGAUAUACACUACCGGUAAAACGUUUUCGAACACCUGAACUCAUUCAAGGGUUUUUCUUUAUAUUUUCUACAUUGUAGAAUAAUAGUGAAGAGAUCAAAAUUAUGAAAUAACACAUAGUAAACAAAAAAAUGUUUAAACAAUAUUUUAGAUUCUUCAAAUAGCCACCCUUUGCCUUGAUGACAGCUUUACACUCUUGGCAUUCUCUCAACCAGCUUCAUGAGGUAGUCACCUGGAAUGCAUUUCAAUUAACAGGUGUGCCUUCUUAAAAGUUCAUUUGUGGAAUUUCUUUCCUUCUGUGCGUUUGAGCCAAUCAGUUGUGCUGUCACAAGGAAGGGGGGGUAUACAGAAGAUAGCCCUAUUUGGUAAAAGACCAAGUCCAUAUUAUGGCAAGAACAGCUCAAAUAAGCAAAUAGAAACCACAGUCCAUCAUUACUUUAAAGACAUGAAGGUCAGUCAAUACAGAACAUUUCAAUAACUUUGAAAGUUUCUUCAAGUGCAGUCGCAAAAACCAUCAAGCGCUAUGAUGAAACUGGGUCUCAUGAGGACCACCACAGGAAUGGAAGACCCAGUGUUACCUCUGCUGCAGAGGAUACGUUAAUUAGAGUUACCAGCCUCAGAAAUUGCAGCCCAAAUAAAUGCUUCACAGAGUUCAAGUAACAGACACAUCUCAACAUCAACUGUUCAGAGGACACUGCGUGAAUCAGGCCUUCAUGGUCGAAUUGCUGCAAAGACACUGUUUGUGAUUUAUUUAGAAUUCAAGGCACACUUAACCAGUGUGGCUACCACAGCAUUCUGCAGCGAUAUGCCAUCCCAUCUGGUUUGGCCUUAGUGGGACUAUCAUUUGUUUUUCAACAGGACAAUAACCCAACACACCUCCAGCCUGUGUAAGAGCUAUUUUACCAAGAAGGAGAGUGAUGGAGUGCUGCAUCAGAUGACCUGGCCUCCACAAUCCCCCGACCUCAACCAAAUUGAGAUGGUUUGGGAGAGUGAAGGAAAAGCAGCCAACAAGUGCUCAGCAUAUGUGGGAACUCCUUCAAGACUGUUGGAAAAGCAUUCCAGGUGAAGCUGGUUGAGAGAAUGCCAAGAGUGUGCAAAACUGUCAUCAAGGCAAAGGGUGGCUAUUUGAAGAAUCUUAAAUAUAAAAUAUAUUUUGAUUUGUUUAACACUUUUUUGGUUACUACAUGAUUCCAUAUGUAUUAUUUCAUAGUUUUGAUGUCUUCACUAUUAUUCUACAAUGUAGAAAACAGUAAAAAUAAAGAAAAACCCUUGAAUGAGUAGGUGUUCUAAAACUUUUGACCGGUAGUGUACUUGUUUACAGAAUUUGUAGAGUUUAGGCGUAUAUCAUUCUUGUUUUUUAGAGGUUUGCUAUGUUGUUAUAUUCAAUGUGAUAGAAUGAUAAAACAUUAUGAAUGGUACCCCCUGGCAUGCAUUCACCAUACACAUGAAAAACUAGAACCAGUCUGUUUUAGCUGCAUAAAAUGCCUACUUUGAUUGUAAACAAGACCUUAUUAUCCUGACCGUCAAAAUAGUUUGAUUUCCAGCUUCAAACUCACCCAUAAAACAAAACAAACAGGACCUAGAACUGACCCCUGAGGAACCUCAAAUGUGGUCAGAGCACUCUGGUCCAAUAGUCUCCCUAGCCUAUUAUAUGACGCAUGGAAACUCCCCCAGUGCAUUGCUAUGAGUGUAAUGAGAGCAAUGGAUAGCAUCAACAUGUCAAAUGUGAUCCUCCGGUGCAGAGUAAAUACUGUGGGAAACCAAAUGUUGCAUUCUGUGUCCCUUUAAGGAAUUCCGUUGCAGUGCUUUCCCUGGAAAAUAAGAAGGGGUCUCCAUCUAUCUAGCCUUAACCACAUAACUAGUACUGGCUCUUCUGAGAAAUGUUCAACUUUAAUUGCAUGUUUACGUCCCUAAAACCUACAGAGGAGAUUACAGAAUGUUUCUCUACCAGUUCAGACAAGAGUUUUAUUCCUUUAGCACACAAUGUCAUGAUACUUAAUCUACUUUGAUUGUGCAUUGUACAUUAGUUAAUAGACCAAUAAGAAAGAGAGUUCCAACAUGUUUUUUUGUUAUUGAUAUGACUCAUCUAGAUUUUAGAAUGUCAGUAAAACCAGAUACAGUUUUGAUACAAUGAAGUGGUUGAUUUUGAGAGGGUAAAAUGUCCAAACCCAAAACAAUGCUUCGUUUUGUGAAGAGGGAUAUCCUGCUAUAAAUCUGUGUAUCUUGCCUAGGGCUGUGGUUCUUCAGUGUGUUCCUGAAUCCUGAGCUUGUGUAAUAUUGUGAGGAUGUGACCCUGAUGUAAACACCAACCGGUUCCACAGCAUGAUUUGAUUUGUGCAUGAGAGAGCACUGUGAGGAUUGCACUCAUAGAUAUAAAUUGUCUAUGAUUGCACUGACCAUUAGGGAUCAAAAGAUUAAGCGUGAAGUAGUACAAGGGAUUGGUGGGAAUUGUAAUUACAAAGAUUGUUGGGACUGUGGUGAUGGUUAUGUCUAUAUAACUAUAUAUCUAAUGAUGAUGAUGACAACUGAAAACCACAACAAUUCAAUUAAAACAUAUCUUUAAGAGACAUUGGUGUCUUUUCAUGCUGUCUUCACCUCAGAAGUCUUUCUGUCAUAAACAUCUGGCUUGAGACUGAACAUAGAUUAUGUUACUGUGUACUUAGAUAGACCUUGUCUUAAACCUAAGUUAGGAUGCAACUAACAAAUAUGUUUAUUUGUGUGUGUGUGUGUGUGUGUGUGUGUGUGUGUGUGUGUGUGUGUGUGUGCGCGUGUGCCCGUGCCCCAGGCCGGGGGGACGUCCAGCCCCAGCUGGACAGUGCCAUGCAGGACAUCAGUGAUAAGUACCUGCUGCUGGAGGAGACAGAGAAGCAGGCGGUCAGGAAGGCCCUGGUGGAGGAGAGGAGCCGCUUCUGCACCUUUGUCUCCAUGCUGAGGCCCGUCGUGGUGAGUCCCGACCAACAGCCUGUGUAGUCAAACACAGGUCAUUUGUUAGGGGGUGCUGGGCCGAAGAAAACAUGUAGAAAUGAAGUACAAUCCGCAUACACAAUUGUUUCAACACAUUCUAGCCAAUCAUGUUGUUCCAACAAAUGAGUUCCAACCAAUAGCAUCUUUGUUAUGGAUGUUAAUGCACUUCAUGGGUCCAAACAACCAUUUCCGUUUUUUUUUUAUGAAGGUGUACGUGACCGAAACGUUGCAUUUGUUAGUAAAUGUUUAUUCUGUAAGUAUACACAAUCUGCGCUAGUCCAUGCUGGUCAGUUUACUUUAGUUUUUGCUUCUCCUAUGCACCUGUGAACGUGAUUAAUGUAAUCUAUUCUACGUUUUUCUAUUGCCAUUGAAUAUUGCUCUCCAAAGAGAUUUAGAAAAAUCCCAUUAGAGAGGGAUGACCUGCUUCAAUUCACUGAAGUCUAAAAGUAGAACUAUUGAGUCAAUGGAGAACAAGCUCUAAUUUUAAAUAUAUACCACAUUUAUAAGCUAGCACCUUACACCAACCCGCCCUUCUUGUUCAUUAGGAAGAGGAGAUGUCCAUGUUGGGGGAGAUCACUCACCUGCAGACCCUCACUGACGACCUUAAGGCUCUGACCAUGGACCCCCACAAGCUGCCCCCUGCCAGCGAGCAGGUCAGUGAUUUGGGCCGCACUCUCAAUACAGGGCUAAUAGCCCUCGUUUUGCAUGUUACACUCAUGUCCUGAAUAACGGUAAGUGUCUCUGUGUUACUGAUUCACAUGAUUGGAGUUACAAUGGUAAAUACAUUAAUUUCCCUCUAGAAAUAGGGCUGCCAAUUGCUUUUUUACAAGAUGUUUGGUUUAUAAAUUGUCUUGUUGUGAUGUUCUUCCCCCCAGGUCAUUCUGGACCUGAAGGGAUCUGAGAGCAGCUGGUCCUACCAUACCCCUCCUUCCUCCCCCAGCACCACAACAUCCAGGAAGUCCAGCAUGUGCAGGUUAGUGAGCAUACCCAAUAAUCACCACUACUACACCACUACACCAAAACCUCUCAGCUGAUAGAGUACAUAGUAGGGACUAGGAGUGACGCAUCAGCCUAGCAUCAGUCCUCCUACGCCAUCUUAUGGAUUGGAGCUGGGACUGCAGCUUUGGCAUUAUUGCCAUUAUUGGGAUGUUUACAAAUGUGAGGCCACAAUGGCCUCUCCGAAAUGAACGAGUCAACUGUCUCAGUCAUUUUCGUGGAGGCGUGUUGUGUGAGGCACUAGGGCCAGAGAGACCAAUUUGUGUUCCAGUCAAGCUUGUUAGCAACCUCUGCUUGUGGCUGGAGCUGUAACAUAUUCAACCUGUAGCUGUUUGCAAUGUGCCUAGUAACAGUCUUUCAGUAGAAAACCAUUGGCUCUCCUGGAAGGUUGGAUACAUUUUAGCUGGUGUGUAAACCCAUAAAAAAACGGAAAAACGUAAAUAUUGUUUUGAAUCAAUAUUUAUUUAUAUAUUUACUUAGUUUAACCAGGCAAGGCAGUUGAGAACCAGUUACCAAUAUCCGUUGUAACCAAAUGACUGUGUUCUCUCCUCAUCUCUCGCAGUAGUCUGAACAGCGUCAACAGCAGCGACUCUCGUUCCAGCGGCUCUCACUGCCACUCCCCCACCUCCCACUACCGCUACCGGAGCUCCGCCCUCCCUCAGCAAGGCCCCGCCCGCCUCUCCAGUGUCUCCUCCCACGACUCUGGCUUCAUCUCCCAGGAUGCCUACCAGUCCAAGUCACCCUCGCCCAUGCCCUCUGACACCCACACACAGGUACUACAGAGAGAGACGAGCCUGAGAACAGGAACUUGUGGUGACAAUAAUUAUGACUCUGGUCAUAUUGGUGUUAUGACUGCUUUAUCUACACCCCUCAAACAGACAUAUUACAGAAAUCCUAAACCCACUAAGAAGCAGUAACAUACGAACUAAAACAUAUGCACAAACACACAGUAACAGAGACAUUGUAUUCCAACCGACACUUCACUCUCUCCACCUGGGCUCUGUUACUGGUCAGAGAGUAUCCUCCCAGGUUGCUAGGUAACGGGGCGCAUUAGAGACAGCGGCGGUGGCGUCGCUGUGGGAGACUGUGCAGAUAGAUCUCGAUGAGUCACCCUCACAGUCACACCCCCCAUUACAGUACAUUAGACCAGUAGAGCCACAGGGGUGAGCAGCUGGGAGCUAGCCCAACAGCCAGGCACCCUGCUCACAGACCCAACACACAGCUGGGUCUGAUUGAAUGUGCACCCACUCACACACACAGUGUGUUUAGUCACUGUACAUAGAUAAUGUAAAGGCCUUAUGUACUGUAUAACUGAAUGACAACAACAGUUUUGCUUAGAUACAAGGUAAGUCUCAGAGGUGGCUGGAGGUAUGCCUGCUUUAUGGCUGCUCAACUCAAACAAUGCCCUUGUAGUUCUAAUUACCAUUGAAAUGACUGUGCUAUGUGGAAGGCUUUUAAUGGCUGAAAAGCUCAGCUGUUUUUUUAAGUUACAGUUUUAACAGUGGCCAAGUAGGCUACUGUGGCUAUUUGAUUUUAAUGUAGGCCUACCAGAGUGGCCUACCAUCAAAAACAAUGGAGAAAAUGCAUCCCAUAACAUUUUAACAUGGAAAUAGCUGUUCUAUCAUUCAGCCUAAAGUAGCAGCCAAUGUGUGGUGUUCAGUGUAGGCCUACAUUUCAUGAGACUUUUGAAAAAAACAUGCAGGGCUUGACAGUAACCUCUGCGGGACGGUUGAGCUAAUGUGCGCUAAUGUGAUUAGCAUGACUGUUGUAAGUAACAGCAAACUUUCCAGGACAUAGACAUGUCUUAUAUGGGCAGAAAGCUUAAAUUCUCGUUAAUCUAACUGCACUGUCCAAUUUACAGUAGCUAUUACAGUGAAAAAAUACCAUGCUAUUGUUUGAGGAGAGUGCACAACAACAAAAAACUUCUCAGGGCAACUGGUUUGAUACAUUCACCUCUGAAGAUAAAUAAUGUACUUAAUAAAUUCAGUAAUCUUGCUCUGAUUUGUCAUCCUAAGGGUCCCAGAGAUAAAAAUGUAGCAUAGUUUUGUUUGAUAAAAUCAAUUUCUAUAUUCAAAUGUAGGAACUGGGUUCUACAGUUUGAACCCCUGCUGUGUCUGGCUCCACACCCACCCCGCCCGGCCAUCUAUAUGUGUGAAAGUUAGUGUAUAAGCUAAUGAUCCAUCAUGACAUUCCUGGGAGUGUGUAGUCUUACAUUUUGUAUUACCAUAUCAUUUUUUUGUGUUCUCUAUAGUUAUGUACUUGAAAAUGUAUCAAUUGACCAAUUCGGCACAAUUGGGCAGACUUGAUACAAAAUAGUCCAGUAUUGCAAUGCUUCACUGGAUCAAUCUGAAACUUUGCACACACACUGCUGCCAUCUAGUGGCCAAAAUCGAAAUUGCGCCUAAACUGCAAUAUUACAUUGUAGCCUUUCUCUUGCAUUUCAAAGAUGAUGGAACAAAUAAAUAAAUAGAAAACGCAUGUUUUUUUGUUUGUAUUAUCUUUUACCAGAUCUAAUGUGUUAUAUUCUCCUACAUUAAUUUCUCAUUUCCACAAACUUCAAAGUGUUUCCUUUCAAAUGGUAUCAAGAAUAUGCAAUGCCUUACUUCAGGUCUUGCGCUACAGGCAGUUAGAUUUGGGUAUGUCAUUUUAGGCAAAAAUUGAAAAAAAGGGUCCGAUCCUUAAGAGGUUAACCUGUUUAUCCAAUUGUCCUUCAGACAAGGAGGUGACGGAAAAUGUUGUUGUGUUGUUUGAUGCAAGAAACCACUUUACAAAAUAAAAUGCAUUAUUAUUACCAUACCAUUAUUACAGAGAAUCAGACAAUUUAUGCUACCCUCUGCAUAUUGGCUACUUAGUUUAUUCAAGCCUGUCUCAAAAUACAACACUGCCCCUUUAAGACAAAUAAAAGCUCUUUACCUGACUUGCUUUUCAAAGAUGUCUAGAAAUGUUUUGUAUGCUUGUAGGAAGCAAUCACUCCCUUAUUGCUGACUACAAAUUAUAUAUAACUGGGCUAAUAACGCACUAACUAGCAAAGGAUAUUAACAAAAUGUGCACACGUGGCUACAUGCAGUUCUCGCUUUGAUCUCAAAACAAGCUGAUCUACUCACGACCGCUCAUGCUGUAAAAACAGUCCAGUUCAAAGUGAAUGGCACAGAUCCAUAUAUGACAAUAGUCUAUUUGCAUAUAGGUCUACUGCAGCUCUGAUUGGUUAUGCCACACCGGUCUGUGCAGAGUACGGGCCAGGUAGUGCGUGUCAAUGCAAUAUAAUCUUACUGUAUGCGUUCUGCCUACAACAAAAUCUAUUGUGUUGUUAGUUUUGCAUACUAAAUCUUGCAUAGUUCAUUUUGUUUCGGUAUGUUGCAUUGAAAGUGGCUAAUAUUGCGUUGAUUCGAUCACAGUUGCCACAGUAAAGGGAAACGUUGAUAGCGUUAACUAACAGGGAAAAAGUUGAGAGAAGUUCAAUCUCGUGCUUCUCUCUGUGGGCUGAGGCAGUCUCGACGCGAAUCUUAGAGGGAACAUUGCUCAGCACCUAUGACCAUACUAUUAUUAAUAAGGUGCAUUGCAAUCUCUGUAUCUGCGUACUGUUAGCUGUUUAGUGUGUAACAAGUCACCCUUAUAUGCCUAACUUUCAUGCUUUGCUGUAGUGCUUAUAAUUUUUGUAUGAUACAGUAUGAUAUGUUUUCCUUCUUAUCAAUGUUGCAAAUCCACAACGUUUUUCUUCUGUUCUUUUUUUCUCUGUCCUUCCGUCUGUGCAUCUUGUCUUUUUUACGCGUCUCUUCUGUUUUGAACUGCUUCUUUAUGUGUAUCUGUGUGUGUGUGUUUGUGUGUGUGUGUGCCUGUGAAUCUUUUUGUGUGUGUGUGUCCCUCUCUGUCCUGCUGCACGGCUUUGCUGUAGACCUCUGGCUCUUCAUCCUCGGCCGUCUCUGAGACUUGCCAACCUGUCAGUGAGGGCAGCUCCUCCUCCUCCUCCUCCUCCUCCUCCUCCUCACCUGCCUCCUCUAAGGAGACCUGCUCCAGCACUAGGGUGGAACAGGUGAACACACACACGCUUAGACACUCAGACACGUACAUACUCCCCAAAACAUGAGCAGUAUUAUUAGGUACACUGUUUUGCUGGUUGAUCAAACCUCCCUCAUUCCUGUCACAUAGACAACAGGGUGAUGUUCAGUCGGCCUUAAAUACAGGAGUAUUCUUAUUGAGGUAGUAGCUUACCUUCUCCGUUUCGCUUUGUUUCAAAAUGUGCCUACUGAACAUGACACAGGUGUCUGCUACCAUGAUUUGAUAUUAUAAUUUGAUUCCAUCUGAUUUCAGUCGUGUGCAUUAUUUUCACCUUAUUUUUUCAUCAUUGUUGUGUCACUUUGUCCUCCACUCACAUUCAGCUGUCAAACGGGCCCGAUCAUCAACAUCACGGGCCCUCCACCGCCCUCUAUCUGUCUGGCGGGGGCAUGCAGGAGGUAUACCCCGACCUCCCUCCAUCCUACCCCUCCACCCCCCUCGCCUCGCCCUCCUACUCUCCCACCUCCCCCGUGUGGGCAUGGUCGAGACCAGGUUCUGCCCUCCUGGUGGACUACCCCCCCUAUUGCACCCUGGGACCGGGCAUGAUCCCCUCCUCCAAGGUCCCCACCUGGAAGGUGCGUCCAUUCUGUCAUCGACCGCCUCCUCCUCUUCCUCCUCCUUCUUCUCUUCCAGUCUCCCCUGUGGAGGAUCAGACACUGAUACAAUCACUUUUCAAAUCACAGGGAGAUUGCAAACACUCUCUGGUUACAUUAUGCAAGUAUAUAUACAGUGGGGGAAAAAGUAUUUAGUCAGCCACCAAUUGUGCAAGUUCUCCCACUUAAAAAGAUGAGAGAGGCCUGUAAUUUUCAUCAUAGGUACACGUCAACUAUGACAGACAAAUUGAGAAAAGAAAUUCCAGAAAAUCACAUUGUAGGAUUUUUUAUGAAUUUAUUUGCAAAUUAUGGUGGAAAAUAAGUAUUUGGUCACCUACAAACAAGCAAGAUUUCUGGCUCUCACAGACCUGUAACUUCUUCUUUAAGAGGCUCCUCUGUCCUCCACUCGUUACCUGUAUUAAUGGCACCUGUUUGAACUUGUUAUCAGUAUAAAAGACACCUGUCCACAACCUCAAACAGUCACACUCCAAACUCCACUAUGGCCAAGACCAAAGAGCUGUCAAAGGACACCAGAAACAAAAUUGUAGACCUGCACCAGGCUGGGAAGACUGAAUCUGCAAUAGGUAAGCAGCUUGGUUUGAAGAAAUCAACUGUGGGAGCAAUUAUUAGGAAAUGGAAGACAUACAAGACCACUGAUAAUCUCCCUCGAUCUGGGCUCCACGCAAGAUCUCACCCCGUGGGAAAAAAAUGCUCAAUUUGUCUGUCAUAGUUGACGUGUACCUACGAUGAAAAUUACAGGCCUCUCUCAUCUUUUUAAGUGGGAGAACUUGCACAAUUGGUUGCUGACUAAAUACUUUUUUUCCCCACUGUAUGUGGAGUCAGUCAUACAGCAUUAAGUCAUAUGUCAUUCAUAAAGGCAUGAAUGCUAUACAACACAAUCAGUUUGUCCUUUUUCUUCAGUUUCUUGCUUAAUGAACACAACAGAGCAGAGCUAUUCUUGGUGGGCUUUGCUCAAGAGCUUUGUCUCGCUGUGUUGUGCAGGACUGGGCCAAGCCGGGUCCAUACGACCAGCCCAUGGUGAACACCCUGAGGAGGACCAAGGAGAAGAGGGAGACUCCAAAUCCCAGCAGCCCCCAGGCCACCACACCAGGGGACGAGCCCCAGAGAGCCAAGGGAACCAAUGCAGUCACAACACCCAAGGUAAAAUAUACAAAGAUAUAGCUACACGUAUAAUUUCAGAAACAUGUGGAUACCAAUAUCCCCAAUGUAGAGGUAGGUGUACAGUAUAUACAUCUGUGUUUUAUGACCAUGUUUCAUGUGAAUGCCAUGUAUGUGUUUUUAUUUGUCACGAUCGUCAGGGUAAGGAGUAGACCAAGGCGCAGCGUUGCAGGCAAACAUACUCAUUUAUUAGCGAAACGUGAUCAAAACAACAAAAGACGGUAACGUGACAGUACACGGUAAAACACAACCAACUCGAAACAAGAACCCACAAAACACAAAGGAAAACCGACAGUUUAAAUAUGGCUCCCAAUCAGAGACAACCAGCAAACAGCUGACACUCGUUGCCUCUGAUUGGGAGUCACUCAGGCCAACAUAGAAAAUGACAAACUAGAACCCCCAACAUAGAAAUAUAACACAUAGAAUAAACACACCCUGGCUCAACAAAUAGAGUCCCAGAACCAGGGUGUGACAUUAUUGUACAACAGACCUGGCCCCUAUACAUGUCAAAUAUUUACUGUAUACUAUAGGAAAAACUCAAUCAAGCACAGCUCAAGUUUUUAAAAGUAUUGACAUAGUAUUCACAUAGUAUUUAACCCAGGUCUGUUGUACGGCUGUUAAUUGCAGUUGUCUGUAUGGUGUGAAAUAUACUUUUAGUAUAUAUAUUGCUGUAUGCUUGCUGUUAUGUGAAUUUAUAUAGGGUCCGAUUCAGACAUGAGAUAAGUGGAUUCAACAUGGUCUUAUGUUAAUAAAACAUGGACUUACUGUAUGUCCGUAAAAAAAAACUUAAGUCCAUGUUAAAGGGCAACUCCACCAUUAUCUCUAGCAAAAUACCAUUGUCUACAUAUGUGAAAAUGCCACAUUUCUACGUUUUGUAGAAAACAAAUAUGAAGUAAAAAAGUUCUACCUGAUGACAUCAUCAAAAGUUAGAACAUUUGACAGUGAUUUUCAAACACUGCGGUGACGUGGAAUCAAGAAAAUACCCUCCCUCCGGUUAAAAACUCGUUGCAGGUUUUAAAAAUCUACAGUGGGGAGAAACAAGUAUUUGAUACACUGCCGAUUUUGCAGGUUUUCAUACUUACAAAGCAUGUAGAGGUCUGUCAUUUUUUAUCAUAGGUACACUUCAACUGUGAGAGACGGAAUCUAAAACAAAAACCCAGAAAAUCACAUUGUAGGAUUUUUAAGUAAUUAAUUUGCAUUUUAUUGCAUGACAUAAGAAUUUGAUACAUCAGAAAAGCAGAACUUAAUAUUUGGUACAGAAACCUUUGUUUGCAAUUACAGAGAUCAUACGUUUCCUGUAGGUCUUGACCAGGUUUGCACACACUGCAGCAGGGAUUUUGGCCCACUCCUACAUACAGACCUCCUCCAGAUCCUUCAGGUUUCGGGGCUGUCGCUGGGCGAUACGGACUUUCAGCUCCCUCCAAAGAUUUUCUAUUGGGUUCAGGUCUGGAGACUGGCUAGGCCACUCCAGGACCUUGAGAUGCUUCUUACGGAGCCACUCCUUAGUUGCCCUGGCUGUGUGUUUCGGGUCGUUGUCAUGCUGGAAGACCAGCCACGACCCAUCUUCAAUGCUCUUACUGAGAGAAGGAGGUUGUUGGCCAAGAUCUCGCGAUACAUGGCCCCAUCCAUCCUCCCCUCAAUACGGUGCAGUCGUCCUGUCCCCUUUGCAGAAAAGCAUCCCCAAAGAAUGAUGUUUCCACCUCCAUGCUUCACGGUUGGGAUGGUGUUCUUGGGGUUGUACUCAUCCUUCUUCUUCCUCCAAACACGGCGAGUGGAGUUUAGACCAAAAAGCUCUAUUUUUGUCUCCUCAGACCACAUGACCUUCUCCCAUUCCUCCUCUUGGUCAUCCAGAUGGUCAUUGGCAAACUUCAGACGGGCCUGGACAUGCGCUGGCUUGAGCAGGGGGACCUUGCUUGCGCUGCAGGAUUUUAAUCCUUGACGGCGUAGUGUGUUACUAAUGGUUUUCUUUGAGACUGUGGUCCCAGCUCUCUUCAGGUCAUUGACCAGGUCCUGCCGUGUAGUUCUGGGCUGAUUCCUCACCUUCCUCAUGAUCAUUGAUGCCCCACGAGGUGAGAUCUUGCAUGGAGCCCCAGACCGAGGGUGAUUGACCGUCAUCUUGAACUUCUUCCAUUUUCUAAUAAUUGCUCUCUGGUCUUGGCCAUUGUGGAGAGGUUGGAGUCUGUUUGAUUGAGUGUGUGGACAGGUGUCUUUUAUACAGGUAACGAGUUCAAACAGGUGCAGUUAAUACAGGUAAUGAGUGGAGAACAGGAGGGCUUCUUCAAGAAAAACUAACAGGUCUGUGAGAGCCGGAAUUCUUACUGGUUGGUAGGUGAUCAAAUACUUAUGUCAUGCAAUAAAAUGCAAAUGAAUUACUUAAAAAUCAUACAAUGUGAUUUUCUGGAUUUUUGUUUUAGAUUCCGUCUCUCACAGUUGAAGUGUACCUAUGAUAAAAAUUACAGACCUCUACAUGCUUUGUAAGUAGGAAAACCUGCAAAAUUGGCAGUGUAUCAAAUACUUGUUCUCCCCACUGUAUAUACAUAUUUUUUUAUCCUACCCAGUGAUGUUAUAGAGAAUACUUUUUUAGGACCUUUCAUCUCAUCUUUUUAACCACAGAUCAUAGAAACGCGCUAUUUUCAGAUAUGUAGACAGUGUUAUGGUGCUGGAGAUAAAGAACAUGAGGUUGAAAAGUGGUGGAAUUGUCCUUUAAGGCAACUAAUCUCAAGUCUGAAUAGGGCCCAUAUUGCAUAGGUAUGUACAAUCCCCCUCGACACAAUGAAGACACCAGCCAACUCGUUUCACACUGAAAAUCUCCCAGAGGAUCCAUUGAAAAAUGUGUCUCUGUCCUCGUCCUUCAUCCUCUAGUGCAGACAGAUAUCAUCCUGUCUGUUUCAUUAAUUCUGUUGGGGCUUUGAAAUUAGACAGAGAACCAGGAUGAGAGAGGAUGUAGGUCACGUCCAUCACAGCUCUCUCUCUCUCUCUCUCUCUCUCUCUCUCUCUCUCUCUCUCUCUCUCUCUCUCUCUGUGUUUCUUUGUUUGGGUGUGUUUCCAAGCACAUGAAUGUGUGUGUCUUUGCCCACACACAAGCAUGUACGCAUGUGUGUCAGAUAUGGAAAUAUCAGGCUGACGCAUCAGGGGUGAUCGUGCCCUCGGGGUAGCAUGGAUUUAACGACGCCCAAUUUCCGGAGCGGGACUGAACACACUUCUGACCAGCUCGCUUCUGGAUCCCCGGCUAGCCACGAAAGCAAAACGCAUACUAAACAAACCAGCCAUGAAUUCAUCAUAUCAGACCAGAGAGAGAGAGAUGGGUGUUUCUAUUCAAGUGCUUUUAUGUCUAUUAAGAGAAUUGGGCCACAGCCAAAGUGUGUGUGGUCUGCAUGGUUGAAGCCUGUUGAGGCCAUGCUCUAUAACGCUUUCAUAAUUUUUUUUAGAUAAAACUUGGAAAUUAGGAACAUUGGGAGUGUGAUCGGGAGGCAAAGAACAACAUCUACGCCCUGAUAGGCACGGCUACUCCCAGGAUCAAAGGAACUCAGUCUUUAGAAGUACCCAAUUCAUCCUACUACAGUGUUUCUGAAGCAAUAUAAAAUGUUUCCCUAUAUGAAGUCCCAUCAAAUAAGAAAACUACAGUGAGGGAAAAAAGUAUUUGAUCCCCUGCUGAUUUUGUACGUUUGCCCACUGACAAAGACAUGAUCAGUCUAUAACUUUAAUGGUAGGUUUAUUUGAACAGUGAGAGACAGAAUAACAACAAAAAAAUCCAGAAAAACGCAUGUCAAAAAUGUUAUAAAUUGAUUUGCAUUUUAAUGAGGGAAAUAACUAUUUGACCCCUCUGCAAAACAUGACUUAGCACUUGGUGGCAAAAACCCUUGUUGGCAAUCACAGAGGUCAGUAGUUGGCCACAAGGUUUGCACACAUCUCAGGAGGGAUUUGUCCCACUCCUCUUUGCAGAUCUUCUCCAAGUCAUUAAGGUUUCGAGCCUGACGUUUGGCAACUCGAACCUUCAGCUCCCUCCACAGAUUUUCUAUGGGAUUAAGGUCUGGAGACUGGCUAGGCCACUCCAGGACCUUAAUGUGCUUCUUCUUGAGCCACUCCUUUGUUGCCCUGGCCGUGUGUUUUGGGUCAUUGUCAUGCUGGAAUACCCAUCCACGACCCAUUUUCAAUGCCCUGGCUGAGGGAAGGAGGUUCUCACCCAAGAUUUGACGGUACAUGGCCCUGUCCAUCGUCCCUUUGAUGCGGUGAAGUUGUCCUGUCCCCUUAGCAGAAAAACACCCCCAAAGCAUAAUGUUUCCACCUCCAUGUUUGAUGGUGGGGAUGGUGUUCUUGGGGUCAUAGGCAGCAUUCCUCCUCCUCCAAACACGGCGAGUUGAGUUGAUGCCAAAGAGCUCGAUUUUGGUCUCAUCUGACCACAACACUUUCACCCAGUUCUCCUCUGAAUCAUUCAGAUGUUCAUUGGCAAACUUCAGACGGGCCUGUAUAUGUGCUUUCUUGAGCAGGGGGACCUUGCGGGCGCUGCAGGAUUUCAGUCCUUCACGGCGUAGUGUGUUGCCAAUUGUUUUCUUGGUGACUAUGGUCCCAGCUGCCUUGAGAUCAUUGACAAGAUCCUCCCGUGUAGUUCUGGGCUGAUUCCUCACCGUUCUCAUGAUCAUUGCAACUCCAGAGCCUGCUUCGGGCACCGCACCACUCUCUGUUUGGGCCUCCGCUGCCAAACCUUUGGCUUUGAUCUGCCGAUAGCAACUAGUAUAGCUAUCUACAGUGGCUUGCGAAAGUAUUCACCCCCCUUGGCAUUUUUCCUAUUUUGUUGCCUUACAACCUGGAAUUAAAAUGGAUUUUUGGGGGGUUUGUAUCAUUUGAUUUAUACAACAUGCCUACCACUUUGAAGAUGCUAAAAAAUAUAUAUUGUGAAACAAACAAGAAAUAAGACAAAAAAACAGAAAACUUGAGCGUGCAUAACAAUUCCCCCCCCCCCCCCCCCCCCCCCAAAGUCAAUACUUUGUAGAGCCACCUUUUGCAGCAAUUACAGCUGCAAGUCUCUUGGUAUGUCUCUAUAAGCUUGGCACAUCCAGACGCAAAACUGCUCCAGCUCCUUCAAGUUGGAUGGGUUCCGCUGGUGUACUGCAAUCUUUAAGUCAUACCACACAUUCUCAACUGGAUUGAGGUCUGGGCUUUGACUAGGCCAUUCCAAGACAUUUAAAUGUUUCCCCUUAAUCCACUCGAGUGUUGCUUAAGCAGGAUGCUUAGGGUCAUUGUCCUGCUGGAAGGUGAACCUCCGUCCCAGUCUCAAAUCUCUGGAAGACUGAAACAGGUUUCCCUCAAGAAUUUCCCUGUAUUUAGUGCCAUCCAUCAUUCCUUCAAUUCUGACCAGUUCCCCAGUCCCUGCCGAUGGAAAAACAUCCCCACAGCAUGAUGCUGCCACCACCAUGCUUCACUGUGGGGAUGGUGUUUCUCGGGGUGAUGAGAGGUGUUGGGUUUGCGCCAGACAUAGCGUUUUUUCCGUGAUGGCCAAAAAGCUCAAUUUUAGUCUCAUCUGACCAGAGUACCUUCUUCCAUAUGUUUGGGAAGUCUCCCACAUGCCUUUUGGCGAACACCAAUGCAAUGGCUUUUUUUCUGGCCACUCUUCCGUAAAGCCCAGCUCUGUAGAGUGUACGGCUUAAAGUGGUCCUAUGGACAGAUACUCCAAUCUUCGCUGUGGAGCUUUGCAGCUCCUUCAGGGUUAUCUUUGGUCUCUUUGAUGCAUCUCUGAUUUAUGCCCUCCUUGCCUGGUCCGUGAGUUUUGGUGGGUGGCCCUCUCUUGGUUUGUUGUGGUGCCAUAUUCUUUCAAUUUUUUAAUAAUGGAUUUAAUGGUGCUCCGUGGGAUGUUCAAAGUUUCAGAUUUUUUUUUAAAUAACACAACCCUGAUCUGUACUUCUUCACAACUUUGUCCCUGACCUGUUUGGAGAGCUCCUUGGUCUUCAUGGUGCCGCUUGCUUGGUGGUGCCCCUUGCUUAGUGGUGUUGCAGACUCUGGGGCCUUUUAGAACAUGUGUAUAUAUACUGAGAUCAUGUGACACUUAGAUUGCACACAAGUGGACUUUAUUUAACUAAUUAUGUGACUUCUUAAGGUAAUUGGUUGCACCAGAUCUUAUUUAGGGGCUUCAUAGCAAAGGGGGUGAAUACAUAUGCACGCACCACUUUUCCGUUAUUUAUUUUGUAUAAUUUUUUGAAACAAGUUAUUUUUUUCAUUCCACUUCACCAAUUUUGACUAUUUAGUGUAUGUCCAUUACAUGAAAUCCAAAUAAAAAUCCAUUUAAAUUACAGGUUGCAAUGCAACAAAAUAGGAAAAACGCCAAGGGGGGUGAAUACUUUUGCAAGGCAGUGUAUAAGCUAUAUGUCUUAAUAUAUGUGUGUCAGCAGGAGGCGGAGGCCCAUGAGGAGCUGGCCCUGGCUCUAGCUCGGGGUUUGCAGCUGGAUAUCCAGCACUCCAGCAGGGACUCCUUGCAGUGCUCCAGUGGCUACAGCACCCAGAACACCACGCCCUGCUGCUCUGAGGACACCAUACCCUCACAUGGUACUGUAGUGUGUAUGUGUGUCUCCCACUGCAUGUUAGGGGUAAUCGACGUCAGUCUUUAAUAUAUACAGUAUAAACUCAAUGUAUGGGAUAUUUGAUAGGGAUCCACUCACUUUGAAUUGUAGUGAAACAAUAGUAGGUAAUAGUCAUGUUUUGACUGAAGGAUGUGAACCUCUGUCUAAUGGCAUUUUCUUAUCAACAACCAUAGGCAUGAAAAAUGUGUAUUUGAAGUGUACUGUAGGUUAAAAGUGUAGGUGACAAUGAUCCUCAUCCACAUAUUAUCUCGUCCCACCAGUGUCCGACUACGACUACUUCUCCGUUGGUGGCGACCAGGAGACAGACCAGCCCGACUUCAACAAGUCCUCCACCAUCCCCCGCAACAGUGACAUCAGCCAGUCCUACCGCAACAUGUUCCAGGCCAAGCGGCCGGCCUCCACAGCGGACAUCCCCCCCACAGCCCCCUCCCCUGGCAGUAUUGUCACCCCCGGGGUGGCCACCAUCCGCCGCACCCCCUCCUCCAAGCCCAACCUGCGCCGGUCCUCCGGAGGAUUGGGUCUGGGCCCCAUCCCCAUCAAGCCCCCCAUGAUCCCCGUCAAGACGCCCACUGUCCCCGAGCACCCCGGGGUGUUCUUCAGAGGAGAGAGCGAGGGAGGGGGACCGCUGAGCCCCCAGAGCCCACUCUCUUCAGCGGGGGACAUCGGCUUGGUGUCUCCCAAGGCACCCUGGGACGCUCCGGCCUCCUCUGAUCCAUCCACUCCCCCACCUCAUCCUGGUAGUAGGCUGUCGGAGUGGGACCGUGAGGCCCUGCCGGAGGUUCAGGAGGAGGAGCCUGGCUGCGGCGAGGGGGAAGAUGUGCUCUUGGCCAUACGGCGAGGGGUCAAGCUGAAGAAGACGAUGUCCAACGACCGGUCGGCGCCGCGAAUAGUGUGA